GCGUACACAAUUCAAAGAGUGGCGGGAGCAGUAGCAGGCAAUUAACUUGAUGGCGCUAACAAAGCCAUCCCUCUCGCUGCUUUCCUCGGAGAGUGAUUCUGAGGAAUUGCCCACAUUUGCCUUUUUGAAGAAGGAGCCAUCUUCAGCUGACAGGAUUCAGCCUCAAAGGGAAAAGAAUGUAGUGGUUGUCACCUCAGAUUCUGAGGCCUCCUGUCCUCCCUCACCAGGCUUGGAAGAUCCACCGUUUGUCCUAGCUGCAGCUGAAGCUCUCACACAGGCAGGGCCCAUCGGAGUGCUAAGCAGCGGAAGUGAUGAUGAAGAUGUACUUGUUCCCCUGGCUGAGAGGAUCUCAUGUAAGUUUUUGACCCACAAGCAGCUGAUCCCUGAGCACUCUAGCUCCUCACUUAAAACUGUUUCAGAUCAUCAACGUGAUAUAAGUGGACUGGGUGACUGGAAAAAGCAGCCAUUCCCAAAGAUCCCUGAUGGUCCUCUCCACGAUGCCUUAGAGAAGAGCCCAGCAAAUGACGGGGACUCUGUCUUAGACAGUCUGGGCCGUCAACUGCCAGCGUACCAGUCAGCCUGCAGUGAGUUGGCAGUAACCAAUCCUGUUCCGGACAUCCCUCUACCUCAGAAGAGAACCAAGCACAGUCAGAAGGUCCAGAGAAGUGCCACUCAGGGAUGCUGGCAGCCACAACAAGCAAGCAGGAAGGAAAACACCCCAAGGCAGCCUGAAAGGAAAAAGAGGACAGCGAUGGUCAAUAGGCUGAAAGCCCAGAGACCAGAGGAAUGCAUGAAGCACAUUGUGGUGGUGCUGGACCCAGUGCUUUUACAGAUGGAAGGCGGGGGCCAGCUCCUGGGAGCACUGCAGUCUAUGGAGUGCAGCUGUGUGAUUGAAGCCCAGGCCGUGCCUCGAAGUAUCACUUGGAGGAGGAGGACAGAGCUGGAAGAGGAUGGAGGAGAUUGGGUGGAAGAGCCGACUGUCCUGGUGUUGCUCCUGGCAGAGGCCUUCAUGUCCAUGGUCUACAACGGAAAGCAGGGAAGUACCAGCAUUACCGAGAAAGGGAAGGAGACACUUCGGGGCUUUGUAACUGAUGUCACAGCAAAGACAGGGAAAGCAUUGUCACUGGUGAUAGUGGAUCAAGAGAAAUGCUUCAGGGCUCAGAAUCUGCCAAGGAAAAGGAAAUCAGGAAUGGCAAAUAAACAGGCUAAAGAGAAGCAGCAGAAGAGACAAGAGUCUAGCACAAGGCUCAUGAUGUCCAGGUUAGACAUGGAAGAGGCAUUGGUGGAUCUGCAGCUACAUACAGAAGCCCAGGCUCAGAUGGUGCAGAGCUGGAAAGAGCUGGCUGACUUUACCUGUGCAUUUACAAAGGCUGUGGCUGAAGCUCCCUUUAAGAAGCUCCGGGAUCAAACCAGCUUUUCCUUCUGCCUGGAGAAAGACUGGGCUGGAGGGAUGAAAGUGGACCCAGCUGGUAGGGGACUUGCAGCGAUCUGGAGGAGGCAGAUUCAGCAGCUGAACCGAGUCAGUCUGGAAAUGGCCAGCGCUAUUGUGGAUGCCUAUCCCUCCCCACGGCUCCUGGUGCAGGCUUAUCAGCGGUGUUUUUCUGAGCAAGAACGUCAGAAUUUGCUGGCUGACGUACAGGUACGCCGUGGAGAAGGUGUGACAUCUACCUCCCGCCGUGUCGGGCCAGAACUAUCCAGGCGGAUCUACCGUCAUAUGACUACACUACAACCAGACCUCAUCCUAGACAGUGUUGACUGACGUCCGCAGCAACAGGGGGAACUUCCCCAUCCUUGACCUGACAGCAGAGAGGGCCAAAGUACCUCCUAGGUACAGUUAGGGGUGGAGUCUCCUUGUGGGAGCAGAGACGGUGAUACACUACAAUCCACCUCCACCAGCACUUACUGCAAACCAGAUGCCACGGACAA